UCGUGAGGUUCCAAGUAAAGGCAAAAACUUCGACUGUUACAAGAAAAUUACUUGUCCGAACACACAAAUUCUAUAAAUAUUAACGACAUGUGAUCACCUGCAUUUCUUCAUCAAAAUUAUCAAACUCUUAAUACACCAAAAACAUUAGAAAAUGGAGACAUUACUUACAUCAUUGGCUAUGGUUGUUGUAUUGUGGUGGAUAUGGAGAAUUGUGGAGUGGGUUUGGGUUAAGCCUAAGAUGCUAGAGAGUUACCUCAGAAAACAAGGUCUUGUCGGCACUCGUUACACGCCUCUUGUCGGAGAUGUGAGAAGAACUUUUAGCAUGUUGAAGGAAGCAAGAUCGAGACCAAUGAAACCAACGGAUGAUCUCAUUUCACUUGUCAUGCCUUACUCCUUUCAAAUGCUCAAUACUUACGGAAAUACCUUUUUCACAUGGUUAGGACCCGUACCAUCCAUCACAAUAAUGAAUCCACAACUUAUCAAAGAAGUGUAUAACAAAGUUUAUGAUUUCCCAAAGACUCACACGUUUCCUUUGCUUGCGUUGAUAACUGAUGGACUCGCUAAUGCUGAUGGAGAUAAGUGGGCUAAACACCGGAGGAUCAUCAACCCGGCAUUCCACUUUGAGAAGAUCAAGAAUAUGGUCCCUACGUUUCAUCAAUGUUGCCGCGAGGUUGUGUGCGAGUGGGAAAAGUUAGUUUCAGAUAAAGGGUCCUCUUGUGAGGUUGAUGUUUGGCCAUGGAUUGUGAAUCUAACCGGGGAUGUGAUUUCUCGUACCGCUUUCGGUAGCAGCUAUAAAGAAGGACAGAGGAUAUUCAUACUACAAGAGGAACUAGCAAAGCUCAUCAUGCAAGCUCUUGGAAAGAAUUACAUCCCUGGAUAUCGGCAUAUCCCAACAAGGAAUGCUACAAGGAUAAAGACAAUAGUUACAGAAAUCCAAGUUAUACUAAAAGGGAUCAUUAGCAAAAGAGACAAGGCUAGAAAAGCUGGAGAAACACCAAGUGACGAUUUGUUGGAUCUACUUCUUGUAUCAAAUUCAGGUGAAACUAAAGGAAAUGGACUGACCACCGAAGAAAUUAUUGAAGAUUGCAAGUUGUUUUAUUUCGCGGGACAAGAGACCACUUCAGUGCUUUUGACUUGGACCAUGGUUUUGUUAAGCCAACAUCAAGACUGGCAAGCUUGGGUGCGAGAGGAAGUGAUGCAAGUUUUUGGUGAUAGAGACCCCGAUCUUGAAGGCAUUAAGCAACUCAAAGUUAUGACGAUGAUUCUUUAUGAGGUCCUUAGGCUUUACCCUCCAGUCAUCCAGAUGAACCGAGCGAUCCACAAAGAGAUCAAACUAGGCGAUAUGGCAAUACCAGCCGGUGUUCAAGUCAAUAUACCUGUUCUGCUUAUCCAUCGUGACACUAAGCUGUGGGGCGAUGAUGCAGCUGAGUUCAAGCCCGAGAGGUUCAAAGAUGGGAUCUCAAAGGCAACAAAGAACCAGGUUUGUUUCUUGCCUUUUGGAUGGGGACCGAGGAUUUGCAUCGGUCAGAAUUUUGCUCUCUUGGAGGCAAAGAUGGCUCUGGCUUUGAUUCUACAGAGAUUCUCCUUCGAGCUUUCUCCUUCUUACGUGCAUGCACCUUACACAGUUAUCACUAUUCAUCCACAGUUUGGUGCCCAUCUUAUCAUAAACAAGCUAUGAUCUUGUGAUAAUAUUUUUUUUUUACUAAACUUCUUAUACACGAGCAAACAAGACAGCGUAGAGAAACUAAUCAAGAUCACUUUCAUAAAACCAUAUUUUCUGGCAUGCUUAUCGCUGAAACUGUUACGGGGUUUCUUAAAAUUUUUUUUUUGUUUUAUCUGAUUAAAAAAAAAUUAAAAAGGGAACCAAUUGCGGAUCUCCACGUGUUAGUGAGACCCGGAAACAAUACAAGAAAUUAACUGAUAUCUUGCAUAUUUCCAUUGUUUUAUCCAUUCACCCAUGUGCAUUUUGAUCAUAUAGACUAGGAUUUAGCCAUGUUUAUGUUGCAUUUUGCAUACAUAAGUCUUUAUCAGGUAUUAGAGUACCACAUGGAGUUCUCGGAGACAUUUGGGUGUGUUUGGAGCUCAAAAGAGGUGUAAAGAUGAUCAUUGGACGAGCAGAGCGUUGGGAGCGACUUCCCGAAGCGACACCAGCAAGUCGCUCUGACCUGCCUUAUCAGAGCGACCUUACCAGAGCGAUGCGGAGAAGUCGCUCGCCAUUUCAUCCCGGUGGAAGCUGAAAACUGACCCGGAGCGACCUAUCAGAGCGACCACUCCAGGUCGCUCCCGAAGCCCAGAGCGACUUGGUCAGAGUGACACCCCGAGGUCGCUCGCAUUUCUAUCGCGUGACGACAACACAAUGGAGCCGGAGCGACCUCUCAGAGCGACCCACUGAGGUCGCUCCCGAAGCCUGGAGCGACCUUACCAGAGCGACGCAGAGAAGUCGCUCGCGUUUUCAUCGCUCGGAGACACGAAAACGGGCCGGAGCGACGUCUCGCAGCGACCCCUCCAGGUCGCUCCCGAAGCCUGGAGCGACCUCUCGGAGCGACUACUGGAGGUCGCUGCGCGCCUAUUGUUUGCUCGAAUUCAGUUUACUCAAGGGCUUUUUGGUCAUUUCAUUAUGCACGUUUUUACUUUUCAAAACCUAUGUUUUAAACAUCUUUUGUGGCCGGCAGGCAGAUUAUCUUGGAUCUAUUGAGAAAUACACAAAAACUCUCUUGAGAAGUUCA